AGCUUUUUAUAUAAUUUUUAAAAUAAAUAAGCAUAGAGUGUUAAUUCACAUAGGACAGCAAAAUAAGCUUUUGGUACUGUCUGCCAAAUGGAGGGUCCUUAGUUUUCUCUCUUCCUUUCUCUCUCUCUACAACCCAAAAAAAAACUUCACUACUCCACCAUCACCUUCUUCUUCUUCUUCUUCUUCUUCUUCUUUCUUCUUUCUUCCUUCUACUGUUGCUUCUUCAUCUUUCUUUGUUCAAUUUCUACUUGGGUUUUCUCUUACAAUAUCAAAUUCACAAAUUUGAGGUUCACAGGGUUGAUUUCUCAUCUGGUUGCUCAGCUAAUAGUCUAUGUUGCUUGGAUUCUUCAAGAAUCUCAACGGUGCUGAAGUAUUUAAGUGAUUUAUAAUUGUGAUGUCUCCACCACUCCUUGGUGUUGGCGAGGAGGAGGGCCGGAGUAAUGUUACUCUACUGGGUUCUUCGUCCUCCUUAGGAAGCAUAUGCCAAAAAGGAUUAGCACUUAAAGAGCGAAACUAUAUGGGGCUUUCUGAUUGUUCGUCCGUGGACAGCUGCAAUAUUUCCACCUCAUCAGAGGAUAAUAACAGUGUCGGAUUAAAUCUCAAGGCUACGGAGCUCAGGCUCGGGCUCCCAGGAUCCCAGUCUCCCGAACGGGGCACAGAGCCUUGUCCUUUGGGCUCUACAAAGGUUGAUGAGAAGCUGCUCUUUCCCUUGCACCCUGCCAAAGAUACUGCUUUCUCGGUAUCACAGAAAACCGUUGUUACUGGCAACAAACGAGGAUUUUCAGAUGCUAUGGAUGGAUUCUCAGAGGGAAAAUUUCUAUCAAACUCAGGUUUGAAAGCAGGUGAUGCAAAGGAGACCUCACGUGUGCAACCACCUAAACUGAAAGAUGCAAAUACUCAGGGUACAGUUCUAGAGAAGCCUUCUGCUGUGAAUGAGGCUUCAAACCGUGCGGGCAAUGGUGCUCCUGCUACAAAGGCUCAGGUUGUGGGUUGGCCACCCAUUCGAUCUUUUAGAAAGAACACAUUAGCCUCUGCCUCAAAGAACAACGAAGAGGUGGAUGGAAAGGCUGGAUCACCAGCUCUUUUCAUUAAGGUAAGCAUGGAUGGGGCUCCCUAUUUGAGGAAAGUGGACCUCCGAAACUAUUCUGCAUACCAGGAGCUCUCUUCUGCUCUUGAAAAGAUGUUCAGCUGUUUUACUAUUGGUCAAUAUGGAUCUCAUGGAGCUCCUGGGAAGGAAAUGUUAAGUGAGAGUAAAUUGAAGGAUUUGCUUCAUGGAUCUGAAUACGUACUCACGUACGAGGAUAAGGAUGGGGACUGGAUGCUAGUCGGUGAUGUCCCCUGGGAGAUGUUUAUUGAUACCUGCAAGAGGCUGAGGAUCAUGAAAGGUUCAGAUGCCAUUGGUCUAGCCCCAAGGGCUAUGGAAAAGUGUCGGAGCAGAAACUAGCCUAUCUACACAUGGUUGAAGCUAUCCAUCCAGCAUUACUGAUAGGAGAGGAAAACACAAGACGGAUGAAGGGGGUUCAUAACUUAAAUCUUUUUAAAGGCAUUAAAAGUGGCUGGUUGUUGGUCUUGGACAGCGCAAGCAUGGGUAGAUGCUUUAUCUAAUUACCACAUUGUGUUUCUUUAUAUUCGCGUGAUAUAUGUCCUUUAAGCUCUUUAACUGGUGUCUUAUUUAAAAAACCAUUUGAUAUUGGAGUCUGCAAACUAAUGUGUGUCGUGUACUGUGUUCUUCUAGAUGUAAUUUAGUAAUGUUUUAAGUG